AUGGGUAAUAGCUGCUGUUCAAAUGAAGCCCGAAAAUUAGACAAGACUUAAAGAGACAAGGUUGAUCUUUAGUCUUACUUUGCUGAAGAGAUGCAGAAUGAGAGGGAGGAGCUUGUGUUUGAGAGAUUUAAGCAGGAGAUGUCAGCUAGAAUGAAUGACUUAAACAAGAGUAAUACUAGAAUUGACACUCAAAUGUCAAUCGACACAGUAAAGAUGAAAGAAGCUCGAAGAAAUUCAAGGUUUUCAGAAAAUUCUUAAUUCUUCGAGGAGGUAAUUAAAAAGAAGAGAAAUAAUACUUUAUUUGCCAAAAAAUAACAGGAUGGCUCAGUCUCUACCAAGACCUAGACACCCAGUUCUUAGCAUCGCAAUCGCUAGAAUCAGGAUUUUGAGCAAGCAAUAGUUAUGAAUAAACCUUAAUCAAGGACAUAGUAAUCUAUUAAGGCUUAAGAAGAUUUUGAUUAGGAUUUAUAUGGUUCAGUAAAGCAAGAAAAGAUUAUUAAGACAUUAAUGAUUCUUUAGGAUGAGUGCUUAAGACAAAAUAUUCAGUAUCAAGGGGUUUAAAGAUAUGAUUUUUCUGAAAUCAGAAGGUUCCUGUAGUAAUCGAACUUCAAUUAAUAAAUCGCAGCUAGGAAAAUAAUAUAGGACAUAACUUGGAGAAAGGCAACACUACCUGUCAAAAGUAUUUCACUAGUCAAUAUUAUAAGAUCAUAAUCUGCUGUUAAUUUUGGUCAUGAUAGAGAUGAAUGUCCCACUCUGAUUCUAAAGCCAAAUAAGUCGAUUUAAAAUGAAUAGGUAACGAUAGGUGACGUCUGUACUAGUAAAUAGGUGACUCCAUAAUGCUACUAAAAAUAUCUUAUCAACACUUUUGAAACAUUACUACCAAUGAAAGUUAGAAAAGAAGGUCUUUAAAAUAAGUUAUCUAUUCUUAUUGAUCUUGAUCAGGGUAGUUUUAGAUUAGAUAUCUUUGAGAUCAUUGAGGAGCUUAUCACUAAUCACUACCCCGAAAGACUCAACAAGAUUUAUGUAGUAAAUAUUAACCUCAAGAAUAUUAAAAUUCAAGUUCAAUAAAAGUUUUAGUAAAAGUUUUACAAAAAGCACUUACUUCUAUUCGAUGAUAACUUUAAGUAAAAUUUAAUAAAGUUUUUCGAUCCAUAAUAGCUUUUUGUUGAUUACGGGGGUUAUAUGCCCAGUACUGAAAAUGGAUUCUAGAUUUAAAAGCUCAAUGAUGUUGAGGAUUACAAUAGUAAAAGGUUUUAAAAGCAGGAAUAAGUCACAUUAAGAUGA